AAUGAGCCAGCCCUCCCGCCACCUGCCUGCCGCGCUGCCCGCGGGCGCCCGGCGGACGCGUCGGGGCACCCGCGUCCGCCGGGGGGACCAUGCCGCGCUCCUUCCUGGUGAGAGCGCACUCCAGCCACAGGGUUCCCAACUACAGGCAGCUGGAGACGCAGAGAGGAGUCAGUGCCCGUUCUGCCUGCAGGGGCCUGGUGGGCAGACUCAUCCCAGAGAAGUCGGCCUCUCCCACACCUGCUGACCCUCCCCGGCCCUGGGAGCGCACCUCUGUCAUCGCCCGCAUCUCCCUGCCCCUUCCCCGCCACGAGGAAGCGCAGGGGGCCCCCGGGCCAGACCCCUUGCAGGUUGGCCCGGUGCACCUUUGGGCCAGCCGGGCCCCCAGCGUACCCCUCAAAGAUAGCCUGAACCAGCUUAACCUGCCCCCGCUGCUGGUGCUGCCCACACGGUGGCCCCCGAUCCCGGGCCCCGCUGGGGACCCCGCCGCAGAUGGCCGGCUGGGUGCGGCACGGGCCCCCGGCAGCUUCCAGUGCGUGCACUGCGGCAAGCCCUACCACACGCCGGCCGGGCUGGCCAGGCACCGGGAGCUGCACUGCCAGUGGCAGGCACGGCGCUGCUUCUCCUGCAAACACUGCGACAAGGAGUACAGCAGCUUGGGCGCCCUCAAGAUGCACCUGCGCACGCACACGCUGCCCUGCCCCUGCGCCGUCUGCGGCAAGGCCUUCUCCCGGCCCUGGCUGCUCCAGGGCCACAUGCGCACCCACACAGGUGAGAAGCCCUACAGCUGUCCUCACUGCGGCAGGGCCUUCGCCGACCGCUCCAAUCUCCGGGCCCACCUGCAGACACACUCCGACACCAAGAAGUACCAGUGCACGACCUGUGCCAAGACCUUCUCCCGCAUGUCGCUCCUGGCGCGUCACCAGGAGUCCGGCUGCUGCCCCGGCCCCUGAGGAGGGCGGGCUCGGUGCGGGUAGGGGGGACAGGACGUCACCCCAGGAGCUACCGGCUGGCCUGCCGUGCUGCCCGGCCCCACACUUGCCCGUGGGGUGUUUCUCCUCUCUGCCUGCCGCCGCCCACCCCCAUCCCAAACCGAAGCCUGGAGGGCUGUUAGGGUGAGUGACCGAAGACGGUGACUGAGAACUGUCCUGUGUUUGACUUGCUCUGGUUUCUGCUUCUGCUCUCCCAGAGUCAAAGGCCGGUGGGGGACAGCUGCAGCGUGGCCCGCGCCUGCCGUUCCGCUGGCCUUCGUGGGGAGAGCUGCCUCAGGGCUCCCCCCGCCUGCCGCUGGUCUGGACUCCGGGCUCAGCUGUGCCCCGUCAGGGAUGCACGCACGCCGCCCCCGCCCGCCUCCCCAGGCAGCCCCGGACAGAGCGAGGGCCCCACCACAAGCACAGGGCAGAGGACAACCACGUGUCCUCUGAGGCUCUGAGUCAACGGCGGAGGCUGAGCGUGGAGCGGUCCUCGAGGGGCUGCAGGUGGGUGACGUGGCCCUCUGGCCGCAGCGUGGGGUUGGGACGGCGCGGGCACAGAGCCGUGGGCCGGAGGGAUGAAGGGCAUCCCUGGUGGGAGGCGGCGGCCAGAGUACGGCAGGGGAGCAGGCGCCAGUGCAAGCAGGAGGCACCGUCUUCGGAAGACAGAGACCGGAAAUGGGAACAGCACUAAACGGGGAGGGAGCGAACCACGGGCGUGGACGGGCUGGGCAGAGGGUGUGAGCAGAGCCGGGCAAAUCCAGGCCCAGGGAAGAGGCAGCCGUGGGCUCGCACGCCCACACUGGCAGGGCGCUCAGAAGGCCGUCUAGUCUGGGUCUGCACACGUCUCUACGGAGGCCACCACACCGUCCAGGGACUGUGUCCGCGGCCGCCCGUGGCACCGUCACCUCCCCUCUGCCUGCCCUUUCCUGAGGCCGCAGGCGUCCUCCAGCUGAGAGAGGGUCAGGCUGUAAACAGACUCCGAUGCCAACAGCAGACCCCUCCCCGGCCUCCUGCCCCCACCUCCAGCCACCGGGUGGUCACCUGCUGGGCUGGUCCUCCGUCCUGCCAGCACAUCUUGGCGUCUCCGGCUGGCCCCGGAGGGCAGCCUGCGUCUCAUGGGGACUGAUUGAGUUCUCGACACCCGGAGGGGACACCUGCUCCUCUCUGCAGGAGGGCUGGCCGGCUGUCAGCAACACCUCUUCUGGCCCAGGCUGAGGGACAAAGUCAGGCACCUUGGUCCUGGCCCCGAAUGGGGCCGUAGGUCAAGCGGCAGAGGUCCCCAUCUCAUCCCCAAGCCCUGUGGCCCUGCUGAGGAACAUUCACCAGGCCCACCCUGGCCACACAGCACCUGCAGAUUCCGCUGGAGGCUCCUCUGGGGCUGCUUGGACAACGGCCAUUGGAGGAGCCUUGGGGACACCCCAGAGGAAACUUGACCGUUAUCUUGGGCUUCUCAGGACCAAGGGCGACCUUGAUGACACUGGCCACCCAGGAGCCCGCGGCUCCAGCGAGUACCAGACUGUAUCAGCAGGUGAAGGAAGACUCCCUCUGGGAGAGCCUCGCUCACAUUCCCGGGCCGCACCGCUGCCUGCCCUCCACAGGAUCAGCCGCGCCCCGAGGGACAGACAGUGUGCGCGGGAGGCUUAGCUAAUAUAUCCGCGUCCUGGGGCUGCGUAACCGAGUUCCCCACACCGGGUGGCUUGAACCACUGACGUCCGCUCCCCCACCGUCUGGAGGCCGCAUGUCUGAGACCCAGCAGGCCGGUUCCUCCUGCGGCCCCUCUCACGGCCCCUGCUGGCUUGCCGGCAUCUUCCACGUCCUGGGCUGGUAGACCCGUCACCCACCUCCGCCUCUGUCUCACACGGCGUCUUCCCGCCUGUGCGUCUGUCUCUGUGUCCAAAUCCCCCUUUCCCUGAGGACCCCCGGCCUACUGGGUUAGGACCCCCCCGAUGACGUCAUCUUAACUGGAUCAACCCCAAAGACCCUGGUUCCAAAUGGGGCGACAUUCUGAGGUCCUGGGGGUCAGGACUUCAACACCAUCCACCCCCAACAGCUGACAUGAGCAGUCUGCCAAGAGACACCUGGGGUCAGCUCCUCUGUCCUCAGUCCACAAAGGGCUGGUGGGUGGGCGCCGUCGAUUUAACUGACGGAUUCACCAGACACACUUCUGUGCCCAUUCCCACCGCCCAUCCGUCGUCCCGAGCAGGGGCCUCCGCUCCCAGGGCGCCCAUCCCUCCUAGCAGUCUCCCAGAGCGCUGGGCUCCUCUGCUGAGCGGGUCAAGUCCGCGAUCGGCCUGUGUCCCGCCAUCUCACAGGAGGCCUUUUUUUUUUUUUCUUUUUAAAUAGCAUCCAGAUGCCUGGAGAAGGCUGUAUCGUAGAUUGUGUUCUAUUUCUGGGUCCCAAUGUCUAAAUGAGGCGAUGCACCUGUUGGAUAUGAAGGGAGGGAAUUUCGCGGCUCUAAAAUAAAGUCGAACACUUGCCCUUC